AUGUCCGCUUUUAGCCUAUCCGAGUAUUUAACCAAGUUUCAGACAACAGAUCGGGAAUCGUAUCCUCGUUUGGAAGAUCCAUCCAGAGAAUUAAAUGUCAUCAUAGAUCAAUUGGCCGUUUCACCCGAACAAAUAGAUGCUAAUCAAGAGACAUUAGAGUUAUUGAUAGAUCUCUGCCACGACUAUCCGCAUUUAACACCGAAACUACAAACUCAAUUAAGUUAUUUGAUCAGUUCAUCUUUGUCGAAUCUUUCAAAGGAUAUUAGCGCUAAUUUGUCAUCGAAUAUCAACUUCCCUGAAAUCAGUGAGCUGAUACCGCAAUGGAAGAGGUAUUUAGAAGAAUAUGGUUACCUUAUUCAGGUACUUUUGACGUUUUUACAAGAUGAGUUACAUAAAAUCUCAUCGCAGUCUACUAAUUUAAACCGUUCUGCCAAGAACGGUAGAAACGAUAGUGCGAAUGUUGAAGUAUUCAGAAGGAAUUGUAAUCAACUGGAAAACCUACUUGAAUCUAUAAUAAAGCUCCUAGAGAUUAAUUUAUCUAAAAUAUUUCAGACAACUCCCGAGAAAGAUCUGUUCAUUGGUUUGUUUACAAGACCAUUGUUUGUGAUAUUGGAGAUUGAGCCCGUAACAAAAGUUCCAUCUGUAAAGCUGUUUAUUCAAAGAAUUAUAGCUAUGUGUGUUAAAAAUCAUGGACAAAGUUCGAGCAUACAAGGUUCAUUGAUGACAAAUUUAACUUAUUUUCUUCAUUUAUCGAUUUUCAAUGCAGAACUAUUAAAACUGUUAAACGAUGAAUACAACUACCCGCAGCUAACGGAAAACAUCUUAAAAGAAAUUAGCACUAGGGUCUUUAACGCUAAGGACACUACAGGCCCUAAGGCGAUCUCAAAUUUCUUAAUUAAACUGUCAGAACUAUCACCAGGAAUAAUGCUUCGACAAAUGAAUCUCGUAAUCACUUUACUCAAUAAUAGCUCUAUAACGCUGAGAUGUUCCGUCGUAGAAGCAUGCGGAAAUAUUGUAUCUGAAUUGGCUCAAGAUUCACAAAGUCUAGAACAUUAUAAACAACAAAUAGCGGUACUCAUCGAAUUACUGGAAGAAAGAUUUCAGGAUUCGAAUCCGUAUGUCAGAACGAAAGCAAUACAAGGAUGCUCAAAGAUUUGCGAUUUGAGCUCAAAAUUCAACAAGAGUAAAGCUAAAUUCACCACCCUAGCGGUAAGGUCACUGCAGGACCGGUCCUCUUUAGUUCGUAGAAACUCGGUUAAACUGCUGUCCAAAUUAUUGCUAAAACAUCCCUUCAAAGCAAUGCAUGGUAGUCAAUUGAAACUGAGCGAAUGGGAAGAACACCUCAAAGUAUCUGAAUCGCAAUUGAAAACCUCUUUGGAGCAAAUUGAAUCCCAAGAAACUUUGAAUGACGCAAUUGAGAGGUCUUUAAUUAAGGAAAAUGUGGAAGAAGACGAAGUACAACGUGGAACAAGAUUAGAGGAAUCUUUCAAUGAGGGCCCCGAACUUUCCAGGAUAGAAAAUGAGGUAGAAAAUAUAAAUACAACAAAUGCAGAUGGUGUUAUGAAACUAAAGUUAAUGAUUGUUUACUACAAAGACGCGAUUUCUUUCAUCAAUGACAUCCACAAAAGUAUUGAAUUGAUAUCAAAUUUGCUAUUUUCUAAAAAUAGAAAUGAAGUUUUAGAAUCAAUGGACUUCUUGGUCUUAGCAGAUGCAUUUGACAUUGAAUUAAGCGAGUUAGGUGUGAAGAAAAUGUUACAUUUAGUUUGGAUGAAGGGUACGAAUGAUGAGGGGACAAGUAUAUCAGCACACUUGAUAGAAUGCUACAAACAGCUAUUUUUAACAGCACCAGAUAGUUGUAAUAUGCGAGAGAAGACGGCACAUAUUGCCAAAAAUUUAAUUAAUUUGGCUAUCGGCGCAUCUAUUGCAGACUUGGCUUCUUUGGAACAAUUGCUGGGAAUGGUGUAUGAACAGAAUCUGAUUGAUCAGCAUGUCAUUAAUAUUCUUUGGGCGAUCUACAGUUCGGCGUCAAAGAACGAUACAGAAGUUGAGAAAGAUGGGUUUAGCAAUGAGCAAGCCAACGGUAACUCCGAAAGAGGAUUCUCUAAGGAGCAGAUCCAUGGUUCCAUCAUUAUUAUAGGAAUGUUAUCGCUAGCAGAUAAUGAAAUAGCGCUAAAGGGGUUGGAAUCGUUGCUAAAUAUUGGGCUUGGCAGCGUUGGCAUAAAAGAUCUGACCCUUUGUCGAUAUUCUUGUUUAGCGUUGGAGAGAAUGGUCCCGAAGAAAAGUACUAUCAUCACCAAAGCAAUAAAUCAAGAGCUUGAAGACGUUGCAGUUAAAAAGUUGUAUGCUAUGAUUAUCAACUAUACUAGAGAUAAUGAAUAUUAUCCCAUGUGUGAACAAGCUCUUAGCGCAUUGUUCACGAUAUCUUCUAAGCCAGACGUAUUAGCUACAGGUCUGAUUAGAGAAAAGACUAUGAUGACUUUUGGUAAACCAGAAGGAGAGGAUUCUAUUUUGUCGUUAGAACAAUCAUCUAGAGUAGUUUCUCUCAGUCAAUUGUUAUUCAUUGUUGGACAAGUGGCAAUUAAGACACUCGUUUACCUGGAAAAAUGUGAGGCUGAAUUCAAGAAAAGAAAAAUCGAGGCAGAAACUCGGAAUGGUAAGGAUAAAAGCCAAGAUGGUAAUAAAACGAACACUGCACAAGAUAAUGAUGACGUUAAAGAGUUGGAAAUGAUAGGGGGUACUAAUGAAGACGAUUUCACAGACGCUAUUCAAUUUGUAAAAGAAAAUGAAUUACUACUUGGAGAAAAAUCUAUUUUGGGGAAAUUUUGCCCUAUAGUGGAAGAGAUUGUUUCUAAUUCAAUUAGAUUUAGUGAUCCGAUGCUACAAAGAACAGCAACUUUAUGUUUGGAAAAACUGAUGUGUCUAUCAUCGAAAUACUGUGAAAAGAGACUACCGCUAUUGAUCACAGUAAUGGAAAAAUCGCCGGACCCAACUAUCCGCUCAAACGCCGUCUUAGGGUUGGGUGACAUGGCAGUAUGCUUCAACAACUUAGUAGAUGAGAACACGGAUUAUUUGUAUCGCCGCUUGCAUGAUGAAAACUUAAUGGUACAAAGGACAUGUUUAAUGACCGUUACAUUUUUGAUUUUAGCUGGCCAAGUUAAAGUAAAGGGCCAAUUAGGAGAAAUGGCUAAAUGCCUGGAUAAUCCAGAUCAAGGCAUAAGUGAUAUGUGUAGAUUAUUUUUCUCCGAGUUAGCUUCCAAGGACAAUGCCAUUUAUAAUGGAUUUAUUGAUAUUUUUGGUAAUCUAUCGUCAGAUGAUUUAUUGGGUAAAGAAAGUUUUAAGAGGAUCAUCAAAUUUUUGUUAACUUUCAUCGAUAAAGAAAGACAUCAAAAGCAAUUGAAUGAGAAAUUAGUUGGAAGGCUGAAGAAGUGUGAAACUCAAAAGCAAUGGGAUGAUAUUGCAUUCGUAUUGAAUAAUCUGCCAUAUAAGAAUGAAGAUGUCACUGCAUUAUUAGAGGAAGGUUUUAAAGUUGUGUCUGCAAAGGAGUAA